AUGAUGAAAGCCGCUGUUGUGACGAGUUUCACAGAACCUUUACAAAUUCAAGAAGUACCACGACCUCAAGUCGGGCCCAACGAUAUUCUUGUGAAAAAUAUCGCUUGUGGUGUUUGCCAUUCGGAUUUACAUUUAGCGAAAGGAGACUGGGAUAUUCGACCGGCGCUUCCAAGAAUCGUAGGUCAUGAAGGUGUGGGCGAAAUCGUUGAAUUAGGUUCGAAUGUGAGUGAUCAUCUUAAAAAAGGUGAUGUUGUUGGUAUUCCAUGGAUUCAAAAAACGUGUCUUCAUUGUGAAUAUUGUUUGACUGGUCGUGAAACAUUAUGUACUAAUCAAAGAAAUUCUGGUUUUACUAUUGAUGGAUGCUUUGCAGAGUAUAGUCUGAUGGACGCCAAUUUUGCUGUGAAACUACCUGAUGGUAUGGAUCCAUUUACUAGUGCGCCACUUUAUUGCGCAGGUGUGACUGUUUAUAAAGCAUUGAAAGUGUCUCGGGCGCGGCCCGGUGAAUUUGUAUCGAUUGUCGGUGUCGGUGGUCUUGGAUCUCUUGCGGUUAGUUUUGGAGUAGCUAUGGGACUGAGAAUACUGGCAAUCGUUGCACCGAAUGACAUAGUAGCUGUUAAUUUAGCUAAGGAAAUGGGUGCCGAAGAAGUUUAUGAUGGUCCCAGUGAUAAGCACAGUGAAUGGGUACAGAAAUAUACCGACGGUGGUGCUCAAGCAACGAUUAUUACAGUUCCUUCUAUUCAAGCUUACGAAGAAGCAUUCAAAGCAGUUAAAAGCGGUGGUCGUGUUGUUGCUGUCGGUUUGCCUAAUGGUAAAAUGUCUGUGCCUAUAGUCGAUUGUGUUUUACGAGGUAUUGAAAUUGUUGGAAGUGUUGUUGGAACACGACAAGAUAUGCAAGAAGCAUUACAAUUGGCAAAACAUCAUCAUAUCACAUAUUUUACAACUGCCAUAUCAUUCAAUGACGAACAGUUUGUUUGUUUAUCGCUUCGGCUAGAGAAACUAAAUUCGAAGGCCGAUUAA